AUGACUGAGAAGGGAGAUGAUGGGACUGUCAGAUAUGCCACCCUCGGGUGUCCCCGUGGUGGGAAAGCCCGUAAUAGGACAUUGAAUGUUGUCAGGCCAUGUCCAACAGGAAAAAUAGAGUGUAAGGCGAAGAUUAAUGUCUUAAAAGUUGACGGAAAGUAUGAGUUGACAACAGUUAAUAACAUUCAUAACCACGGCCUCAGUCCAAAAAAAUCCCGCUUCUUUCAAUGUAAUAGAGAAGUUUCUGACUCUGUAAAAAGAGUCUUAGAUACAAAUGAUCUGGCUGGUAUCCGAAUGAAUAAGAGCUUCGGAUCUCUUGUCGUUGGCGUGGGAGGAAUAUUUUUUGCGGAUGCAAUACAAGAAUCCUGGAUUCUUGCGUCCAUGGAUUUAGAUGACGACGGGAGGUUAAAGAAUGUCUUCUGGGCAGACCCCAGUAGUAGGGCAGCCUAUGAAGAUUUCAGUGAUGUGGUUACAUUUGACACCACAUAUCUGACGAAUAGAUAUGGGAUGCCAUUCGCACCAUUUGUAAGUGUAAACCACCACGGCCAGUCAAUUCUUUUGGGAGUUGGAUUGAUAUCCAGUGAGGAUACGGCAACGUUUGUGUGGUUAUUCAAGACCUGGUUACAGUGUAUGGAUGGUAUAGCUCCUAGAGCUAUUAUUACUGAUCAGGAUAGAGCAAUGAAGAAUGCUAUUACUCUUGUCUUUCCACAAAAUCGACAUCGAUUUUGUUUGUGGAAUAUCUUGAAAAAAGUCCCUGAAAAGCUUUCCUCCUAUUCUGCCUACAAAAGUGGGAUGAAAAAUGCUGUGAUGAAAUGCGUGUAUGACACCCAAAAUGUUCAAGAGUUUGAAAGCGCUUGGGAGCAGUUAAUCACCACUUACAAAUUGGAGGAGAAUAGUUGGCUGAAAAGUUUAUACACUGAGCGUCAACAUUGGGUACCGACAUUCUUGAAAGAUUCUUUCUGGGCAGGGAUGAGUACAACGCAGCGGAGCGAGAGCCCAAAUGCUUUUUUUGAUGGUUAUGUUCACACGAAGACAAACUUGAAAGAGUUUGUCGACCAGUUUGUCGACGCUUUGAAGAAGAAAAUUGAGAAUGAAAAUAACGCUGACUUUCACUCAUUUAGCUUCACAAUUCCAUGCAUAUCUAGAUCUCCGAUCGAGAAGAAAUUUCAAGAAUUAUACAUGAAUGCAAAAUUCAGGGAAGUUUAG